AUGUCUGAUUAUUUCUCUCUAAACCAUAACAAUGGUAGCUCAACUCUAGCUGAGUCAUUGAUAACUCCAAGUGUUUAUGACAGCAUUAAUGGCUACGGUCCCUUUGACGAGGAAUCGAUGCAAUCAUCUGAAUCUCAACUGCUGCUAGAUUUAUACCAUAAUGAUCCUGCCGCUAUCCUAGAUUCAAAUUAUUCAUUUAACUUGCAUCAAGGUGCUCCACAUCUUCAGGGUAAAGACUCAAUUUUACCAAGAACAAACAAAAAAUCUCCAUUUUAUACUUCUGUUCCAAUUCCUAAACCAGUGAAGUUAUCUGCUUCUUUAGAUAUAGAUGAUCAUGAUGGUUAUACAGAAAAUGAUAUCUAUGAUGGUGAAAAUAAUUUCGUUAAAGAAUAUCCAACCGUUGUUUUAGCUGAUAGAUUCUACAAAUGGAAAAAGAUUUUAAAAGCUUUAAUUAAUUAUUUAAAGGAAAUGGCUUAUGCUCAAGAAGAAUUUGCAAGAAUUAAUACUCAAAUGAAAGAUGCAGUAAAAUUCAAAUUCUUAACAGAUUUAGAUGAACAAACAAAUACAUUGGUUGAUCCAAUGACACAUACUAGACCUAUGAGAAAACAACAACCUAUGACGUUAGCAGAAAAGAAAAAGCAGUCCAAUCUAUCAAGUUCAAAUUUAAAUGAUAGCUCUAGUUUCAAUCCUGCAUCUUCUCAAUUUACUUUGAACAAAGACUUAAACAAUCCAUUAGCUGCGUCAGGUUUCAUGAAUUUUGGUUCAGGAUCAAUUCAAGACAUUCAAAUUAUCUUGAAAAAAUAUCACUUGUCAUUAGCCAACCAGCAGUAUAAAGUUUCAAAAGAAAUUGCUAAUAACUUAAUUCCUCAAUUAGAAUCUUUAAGGAAAGAUUUAUCCAUGAAAGUUAAAGAUAUUAAAUCAUUACAUGACAAUUUCAAGACGAAUAUUAAUGAUCAUAUUAAAAUUACUUCACAACUUUUAAACAAGUAUAUCACAGCUUGUAGAGUUAUGUCAAAUCCAAAGUUUUCAGCAAAAGGUAUUAAACCAAAACAUGACCCAUUUUUAUUGAAAUUACAAUUAGAUUUACAAUUGAAAAGACAAAUUGAAGAAGAAAAUUAUUUGAGAACUGCAUUUAUUAAUUUACAAUCAGCGGGUAUGAAAUUAGAAAAAAUUAUAUAUGCUAAAGUUCAACAUACAUUACAAAGUUAUUCUUCAUUAUUAGGUUCAGAAGCCCAAUUAGUCUUAAGAAUUUUAUGUCAAGAAUUAUACAAGGGUAUAUGUUCAAAUCCUCCUGCUAUUGAAUGGGAUAAAUUUGUAACAUGUCAUGGCAAAUGUUUGAUCAAUUGGAAAUCAAAUGAUCCUGUACCACCAGAACGUUCCUUUUCAGAUAUUGAGUACCCAAGGGCCAAUUCACCAAUGGGUAAAUGUAUAAAGUCUGGUUAUUUGAAGUUUAGAAAGGGAAAUUCAUCAUCAACUGAAGGUUAUUUCAUUUUAACUGCAAAUUAUUUACACGAAUUUAAAAGUAAUAAUUUAUACAAAAGUGGUUUCUAUCCAGAAUCGGUACCUAGUUUAAAUGAAAUUCAGAAAGGUCAAAAUGCUAAAGGUAAUGCUUCAAAGGGACAAAGCUGUAAAAGUCAACCUGUUAAAGGUCAACCAGGUUACCACAAUCCUAAAUAUACCCAACCUAAGAGAAAGAAAACGUUGUUACCAGUUUUCAGUAUUCCAUUAGAUGAAUGUAAAAUUAUUAAAUGUAGCGACUAUAAGUUAGUAUUAGAAGCUCCUGGAGUUUAUAGUAGAGAAGCAACCCCUAUUGCUCCGCAAGUGAUUCAAAAACACUAUUCAGGUAGUCAACUGGCCAAACAAACAGCGGAAAAUUUACAUUCAAUGUCAUCUACAACUUUAACGAAAACUGGUCAAGAAGCCCAAAAGAUUGUUACUAAAUCUCACCAUGGUUUGAGCAAAUUGUGGAAGGGUUCAUCCAGCAGCGAAUCUCGUAAGGCAAGUAAUUCUUCUUCAACAUCAUUGCAAUCUCAAAGAAACCCUGUCAAGAAAGUUCCUAACGCAAAUGAAGUCUUGACGCCAGUUAAAUGGACUUUUUAUAUCGAUCAAACGACUGCCACUCCUCAAGAUGUUAAAUACUUCAAAAAGUGGAUUAAUGAUAUCAAAUAUUUGACUUCAUUUACUGAUAUUCAUCAAAGAGCCAAUUUUAUCGAAGAGAACAUGUUAAAGAACUCUCGUCAAACUUCAAAUUCAGUGGUUCCAUCUAAUGAGUUGGCAAGUGGAUUUAUCUCCAACUUUACGGCAAGUUCACUCUCAAUUCCAGAACCACCAUCUGCAUUUACAUUAAUAAAUGCUAAUGCAUCAAGGAUUACAUCACCAAUUCUUGAUGACAAGGGUAACUUGAUAGCUCCAAUGAGGUCGUAUAGUGCUGGUUCGAUACCAGUAUUGAAUUCAGGUAAUACAAGCGCUUCAAAUAGUCAGAUAAAAAUAGAACCACUUACACAAGCCAAGAACAUCAAUAAUGUAACAUCCCCUAACAUGUCUAUGUUAUCUCAUAAAACCCAAAACUCAGAUGAAAGUUCUGGCGGUUACUUUGCAUUGCCAGUUAGAAGAGAAGUCAGAUCUAACCCGACAACUCCACAUCAAGAAUCUCAAGGUUCAAGAUCUCCCGGUUCAACCUUAUCUCAAAAGAUCGGUGAUAUUUCCAUAUCUUUAGAAGAUAUAGAAAGGAUGAAAUUGCCUCAAAUGAAACUGAAUAAUCAAGAUUUUAUGUUAACCGCACCAAAAUUUCAAAGAAGUGUCAGUGCAUCGUCAAUUCCAACAACCACAGUAUUGGACGCAAAGAAUACGGCUAUUGAUAAUUUAACUGGUAUUGAAAUGGCUAACUCAAAUGGCAUAUCUAUCAAUUCAAACCCAGGCAUUAAAAUUAAUAACGAUUUAAUUUCUAACAAUGAGAAUCAUGGGUUGAUGUACCAUAGCGCCAAUAAUAGUUCUAAUAGUUUGAAUUUAACUCCAGUUAAUUCAAGAGUACAAUCUGUGAAAAAGCAUAAGAAAACUCGUUCUUUCAGCUCAUUGAGUAGUUUGAAGUUUUCUAAGAGAACUGGAGCCACAUCAGGAAUGUUUUACAAUGAACAUAUGAUGAAUAAUGGUAUUGAUGAACAUGAUGAUUGUGAAUCAUUAGAGGAAGCUCCUAAAGUAAUUAAAUUAAGUCAAUCAUUGUAUACUUAG